AUGGAUCUAAUCGAAUAUUUGAUUAAACAAGGAAAAAAAUCUUGGAUACAAGAAAAAACUAAAGAAGAAUUAAUAGAAAUUGCUAAUAUAUUAGCAAAAGAAACAAAAUUCUUGGACACGCAUACCAUCAAAGACGUUCGAAAAUACUUACGUGAAUACGUUGAUAAACAAAAAGAAAAAAUUCGUACAGUCCGCUUAAUCACUAGUCCUAGUUCUAUUAGCACAAUGAAUUCUAUCACUACUUUGGAAGUUUUCACCGGUGAAAAUUGGAAUGCGUACCAGCAACAAUUUGAAUGUUUCAUAGUUCUAAACGACAUCCCAGAGGAAAAGAAGGUCCCAUUACUUAUAACAAAACUUAGCACAAACGUUUAUGAUUUAUUGACCACAUUAUGCACACCCAUAUCGCCGGUUACCGAAACAUAUAAUAAUAUUUGCGAAAAACUGAGAAAAUACUAUCACCCAUUAAAAAAUUAUGCCCUUUAUCAAGCAGAAUUUCGAAGCAGAUGUCAAAAACCUAAUGAAACAAUAGAUCAGUAUAUUAUGGAAUUAAAGAGACUGUCUAAAUAUUGCAAUUUCAAAAAUUUAAAUGAAGAAAUAAAGGAAAGAUUACUAAAUGGUACUUACUGUGAUUCAGUUAAAUUUGAACUGUUGAAACAAGCCGAUCAGCCAUUAGAAAGUUUAAUUAACAUUGGAAAAACUGUGGAGACAGCAUAUAAGUUGGUUUUUAAUAAUGAAAAAGAGCAGGAAAAAUCACAAAUGUUUAAAAUACAAGGCAAAUAUUUUAACAGAAACCAUAGUGUUAUAGCUAGGCAAAAUGUAAACCCAGCCAUCCAGCAGAGUAUCACAUGUUUUUGUUGUGGUAAAAAUGGACACAUUAAAGCACAUUGUACCCUACGAGAAAAAUUUUGCAGUGAAUGUGGUGUAAAAGGCCAUAUCUUUAAAGUGUGUAGAAAAAAUAAGAAAAUAAAAGUAAAAAAUUUAAAUGUAGUGCAAAAAUUUAAUUCAGAAAAUAGUGAUGUAAAUUCGGAUAACAACCUCCCCAUUAAACACAUUGAAAACUUUGAUAUCUUCUGUUUUAGUAAUACAGGAAAAGUUCCAUCAACUACUUUAAAGAUCCUUGUAAAUGGAAAGGUACUAGAGUUUGAGGUUGACACUGGGGCUGAUGUAAGUACUAUUACUUUACUCGAUAAAAACAAGUUAUUCCCGGAGCUAGAGAUAAAAAAAUGUAAUGUUCUUUUUACUAAUUUUGACCAGUCUACUUCUACGCCUUUAGGAGUUAUAGAAAACUUGAGUAUAAGUUAUGAAUCUACUAAAGUUAAUAAUCAGAAAUUAUUUGUUGUAAAAGAUGGAUUGCCCAAGGUUAUAGGUAAAGAUUGGCUUUCUUCACUUCAAUUAUGGCCCCCAAAGUUUGAACAAAGGGUUUGUGAAAAAGCGUCAAAAAAUAAAUUAAUACAAAACAUAUUUGAAAAGUUCAGCAAUCUUUUUGAGCCAGGUAUGGGGGUUUUUCGAGGAGAACCAAUUCAUUUAUUAAUUGAACCAGGUGUUAAACCAGUAUUUAUGCCUGUCAGAACUGUUCCAUUUGCUCUAAAAGAUAAGUGUGAACUUAGUUUUCCUCCGUGA